AUGAAUCUGACAAUGAAGCUGCUGCUGAUUCUUCUCUCAUUCCUGCUGAUUUAUUCAUCCGGUCAUCGGAUACAACUGUCCGACUCGAUUCUGGAUAUCAUCAACACCCGGCACGUCGAGCGGGUCCUGGCGGAGCGACGAAUGAAUGCCUCGCGGGAGGAGAAGCGAUACCUGGUGCAGAACGAGCUGAUGGACGAGGAUGGUGCGACAGAGGACAGCAGCACUGGGGUUGACCUGUACCAGACGCCCGAGGUGGCGAUCGAUUUCGACUUCAACGGGCGGCGUCAGUCGGCUUCGGCCGUUGCAUUCAACGAAACUGGCGGUGGAGGGGGCGGCUAUCAGUACCAGUCUCCGGGGGGUUCCUCCUCCAACGCGGAUAUUUUGGCCGAUUUGCAAGCCUACCACCGGGGAGACAAACUGCUUAAAUCGAGUAAGAAUGCACUGGUGGUGACGCGAAAGGAAUACCUGAAGAAGGAUUGGUGCAAGACGGAACCGCUGGUGCAGCGAAUUCGGGAGGAAGGAUGCCUUAGCCGGACGAUCAUCAAUCGCUUUUGCUAUGGGCAAUGCAAUUCGUUCUACAUUCCAAAGUCGCCAAAGCGCAGGCGGCACCACGCCGGCGGAGGAGGUGCAAACGGUCGUCACACCGGCCACGGCGGUCAUCACGGAGGCGGUGGCGGUGGCAGACGAGAGGUGGAUUUGGACUUUGAAGAUGAAGAUUUGACGGGACCGGCGUUCCGCUCGUGCGCAUUCUGUAAGCCCAAAAAGUUCACUUGGAUUACAGUGACGCUGAGGUGUCCCUCGCUGGUGCCGCAAUUGCGCCGGAAGCGCAUCCAACGCAUCAAGCAGUGCAAAUGCAUCGCCGAGCCGUUGAAUUAG